GCUCAUCUCUCAGUUUCAUUGACUCCAUGUGAAACUCUGCUCAACUCAUGUUUUCACUGUGUUUUUUCUGUUUUUAACAUUCAGACUCUAUCGUCUUAGUUCUUCUUUCGUGUUGCACGUGUUUGCCCGAAUAAGAACCUACAAGUCUCGUGCGAAGCCGGUGCACGCACGAGACUCUUUAGGAGACUUGAGGAGCAACAGGAGGAUUUACGCACGAGCGAGACCCGCGGGGAAUAAUAAGGUGGAUUUAACGGAGACUUCUUUGACGCGCUGCGGUUCUCCUGAGUCUGUCACCGGCAGUCCCUGGACCUGUCUGACCCGGGAUAACAGCUGUCUGACCCGGGGUAGGCUUUCUGCUGUCUGAGCGUUUGCCCUCCAUCAUGAAGGUCUCCGCGGCCAGUGUGUCUGCACUGGUCAUGGUCUUAGUUCAGGCCCUGGUUCCUCCUGCUGCAGGAUACAGUCUGGAUCAGGACCACAGUCUGGAGUUUAAAGGCCCGCCUUCCUCCAUGUUCGGAUACUCAGUCCUGCUGUAUCGCCACAACACAGAGAGCUGGUUAGUUGUUGGAGCGCCAGUCGCAAACACAUCCUUCGAUGGUUCAAUGUCUCCAGGAGCUGUUCUCCGCUGCAGCAUCGCUGCUGUUGGACCCCGGGAAUGCCACCACAUGACUGCUGAUGUGACUCGGUGUGGAAAGACGUGUGAAGCCGAGCGUGAUCACCAGUGGAUGGGCGUCAGUUUAUCCAGACAACCUGAAAAGGAAGGAGGACACAUCCUGGCCUGUGGUCACCGCUGGAAGAACGUCUUCUACUCAAAGAAAGAUGGUCAGAACAACAAGCUUCCCAAUGGGGUGUGUUAUCGUUUUGGCAGCGACAUGAAAACUUACAAGGCUAUGAUCCCCUGUUACAGAGACCACCAAAGGAAGUUUGGGGAGGAUUAUGGAUCAUGUCAGGCGGGUAUUUCCAACUUCCUGACAGAGGAUCUGGUCAUCAUGGGGGCACCAGGGACAUCUUACUGGACGGGUUCAGUUCUGGUCUAUAACACCACCAGCGGGAAGAUUUCAGCCUACCUCGAUAAUGACAACACUGAAGCCGUCAAAUUUGGAAGCUACCUGGGCUAUUCUGUCGGAGCUGGUCACUUCCUGAGUCCUGCAAGUGUGGAGGUGGUGGGUGGAGCUCCACAAUACAAUCAGAAGGGAAAGGUCUUCAUCUUUACAGCAGACAACAGCGUGCUACGGAUUGUCGCGCAAGUGUCUGGAAAAGAGCUGGGAUCCUACUUCGGCUCCAGCGUCUGUGUGGUGGACCUAAACGCCGAUGGAUUGUCAGACCUGUUGGUCGGUGCUCCGAUGGCAACGGGCAACGUGAGAGAAGAAGGGAGAGUCCAUGUGUACAUCAACCAGGGGCAGGCAAAGCUAGAGGAGGAGCAGUUUCAGUUGACUGGCAGCAACGCCUACGCCGCCCGAUUUGGAGAGAGCAUCGCAGACCUGGGAGACCUGGAUGACGAUGGUUACCCUGAUGUGGCGAUUGGUGCUCCACAUGAAGACGACCUUAAAGGAGCCGUUUACAUCUACAAUGGCAGAAAAGAGGGCAUCUCAUCAACUCCAUCCCAGAGGAUUACUGGAUCCACCCUUGGCCAUGACCUCAGGAUGUUCGGCCAGUCGCUGAGCUCUGGCAUUGACAUUGAUGAUAACGGUUACAAAGAUGUGGCAGUUGGUGCGUUCCUUUCUGACUCAGCUGUGGUUCUCAGGACCCGUCCAGUGAUUCAAGUGAACGCGUCUUUGAUCCUGCCGGAGCAGAUCGACGAUCGGAUGGCGCUGUGCCGAGAGCUCAGGCAUCCAGCUCCCUGCUUUAACGUUACCAUCUGCUUCAGUGUCCAAUCCAGACAUUUCAGAGGGCACAUAGAUCUUCAGUAUAAUCUGACCUCUGACCUCCUCCAUAAACCCUCCUUCCCACCUCGGUUCUUUUUCCACGGUAACGGAUCGUCCAAUAUCACAAAUGAGCGUGUACGAGCACGACAGGGGCAUCUCACUUGUGUGACCCAUGUGGCUUACCAAAGGAAAGAUGUGAGGGACAUUUUUACGCCGGUUCAGUUUGUGGUUUCUUACAGUCUCAGGGAGACAAACAGCCGCAGAGCCUCUUCUACAUCCUUCCCUCCGUUAAAACCCAUUCUGCAGCGGAGCGCAGGACACCGCAACACCAUCACCAGCCAGACUCGGUUUGCUCGUUCCUGCUCCCUGGUGAACUGUUCGACAAACAUGCAGCUGUCAGCUCAUCUAGUGCUCCCACAUCAGCAGGAGUACUUUGCGCUGGGAUCCGGGCAGACUAUCAUGUUGAAAGCCUCACUGCUGAACUCUGGAGAUGAUGCCUUCCUGCCACGACUGACGCUACGGUUGCCGAGCAACAUCCACUACAUUAAAGUACUGCAAAAUGAGGACAAUGUGGUCAGAUGUGAUGUCACACAGGAAGUCAACGCUACAACAGUGGGUGUUGACUGCAGCGUCACCAGCUUCCUCCUUCCAGCGCACACCCAGCUGAAGAUCAGCUUUCUGUUGGAUGUCAACCAGAACAGCACACCUGGCCAAAACCUCAUCCACGUCAACGCCAGCAGUGAUAACUAUGAGAGGAGGGAAUAUCUCCAUGACAACUCCAUCAGCCUCACCCUUCCUCUCAAAUAUGGAGUCAACGUGAACAUCCACGGUUUUGUGACUCCCUCCUCUUUUGAAAUUGGAGAUGAAGACUUGAUUCCCACUAACUGCUAUUCAGAAAGCUUCAAUUACACAUACAAGGUGUUAAACUCCGGUCCCAGCAGAUCAGUCGACACUGUGGUUGAAAUUGCGCUGCCGAAGAUCCUCGCACCUUACCGUCACAGGCUGUUGCAAGUGAUCGAUUGGCAGUCGUCUCAAGGUGUGUGUUACAUCAGUGACACAACUGUUUCAGUCAUCAACGACUGCGACGUCCCUCAAGCUUCCUUCAUCAAACAACUCAUCUUCUUCUUUUCGCCCACCUCCACCCGUAGAAUGUUUUGUGGCCGCACUGAUAAGGCUUGUGAGUGGUUGGUGUGUCGCCUCGGUAAUUUGGAGGCGGGGAGAGAGGUCACCAUCCAACUGGAAGCCAACCUGAAUCCUGCCGUACUACGGCAAGCUCCGGGUCGCCAUGGGAUCAUGAUCCUGGAAAGCACAGCAGUGAUGUCAUCACCUAAACAAGAUAAUAACACCAUCCUGAUCCAGGAUCAUCCUGUAGCACAGGUAUUGGUGGAAGCUGUUUUUACCCAGAAACCCUCAGCAAUGGUGAAAAUCUUCAUUGUUGUUGUUAGUUUAGCUGUGGGGUUAACAAUCCUGGCAGCUCUCAUCUGGUGUCUGUGGAAGGCUGGAUUCUUCAAGAGAGAAUUACAUCAUAAGGAGGAAGAGUUCAACAGAGACAGCUGGGACUUCGUUCCCAAGCACAGCAAAAGAGAAAGCACUACCUAACCCGGAUUGUUCUCUCUGCCCGUGACCUGAUGGAGUUCACAUUGUACCUAUGAAAGAGUGUUUAUCAUGCCACGGUCUUACUGCAGCACUGUGGACGUCAUCGGUCAGUGAAAUCCGUCUAUGCUCCGAGGGUUUGAGUCUAACACGUGAGAGUGAACGCCUCCUGAAUCUGACUGUGACCUUUUAAACUAUUUUGCCGACAUGCCUUCACAAAAAGGAACCAGAGAAAUCCAAAGACCUGAAAGAAAAAAGACUGCAGUGUUCGAUGGAUAGAGGAUUAAUUAAAAGGGAAGUGAACCGGAAGUCAUCAAAUCUGAACCUAUCGGAAAGCCUCGGAGCUUCCUGGGAUUAAUGACCUUCAUUUUUUUUAGGAGAAAACAAAACAAAGAACAUCACUUUCUAUGAUCUCAGGUGAUUUAAACUUUGCCUCUGAUUGGCUCGUAGCUCUGGGAAACCUUCCUUUUGUCUGUGUAACUUAUUUUCUGAAUUUUGUUCACCUGCUGACCAAAACACACACACACACACACACACACACACACACACACACACACACACACACACACAAAGAGCUGACUCACUGGCUGUGCUGCAUCAUUUGACGCCUGUGGCUCACACUGGAUGUCGUCCAGCUGGAGGAAGAAGGUGAUGGCUGCUGGGAUUUGCUGGUAACAGGGGUGAUCACACCGUUUUUGCCUCCCACUAUUUGUUUUGGGAUGUGUCUCCUCUGCUUAAACCAGCAAAUUUUUAUGGCACAAUCAGCUCAUCUGAUGCAAAUCCACACAUUUUUGUUUUGCACAAAGUUAGUUCACUGAGCUAAUGCUGACCACUGGCUGGAUACUCCAAUGUGGAGGACAUGAUCAGCUUAUUAGCGCUAUCUGUUUUUACUUACCCUCCUGCUUUUGCAAACUGCUUCACCAUAGAGGAAACUGAGGGCAGUUUUGAAGUAGGAUUUAUAGAAAUUUCAGGGCAGAGGAUGGAAAAAUUAGCAGAAUGCAGGAUCUUUCUAAUACAGUGAAUCCUCCAUUGUGCUGCCUCCUGGUGCUAUGGUUCCUUAACCUCCCUCCCCGUGAGCCUCAUUUCACACUUGUUUGCAGUUUCUCUGACGCUUUGUCUUCAUUUUGGAAGCCAUGCAGGGAAGAAGAAAACAGGAAGCCAUGCUGGUAUGUGGAGGGAAAAACAAUGAGAACAAUGUACAGCCACAUGAGCACAAGUGCACCACGCAGGGCAGCUAGAAAUGAGCAUUUCUCCUCCACUCCUUCUCCUUUUGGGCCCAGGAGUGUCAAACACACAGAAUCAAACAUAAUGAGGCACGAAGGCUCUUUUAAUGUGGUAACAAUCACAAUGUGAUGCCCAUGAAAAAGUUUGUCCUGUGGGAGUUCUUUAAAUUAAAAUUAAUACAAAUAAAACAAGAGAGGAAAAAAACAUAAAUGUGAUGCAUUUUAAAUAAAGCACAUUUAAGGUUAACCACUCCUACCAGUGUGAGGUAGGUGGGAGAUCUAAUGAUCGACAACUACUUGAAAUCACCAUUUUUAAAAGAAUGUUUAUGGCCUGAGCUCUCAAAGUAAAGCUCCAUCUUCUGAACAGACGCAUCACAAACACUAAGUAAACAAGUUUGAUGUGGUCAGUUUUCUCAGUCAUACUUCCUAAAAUUGACACCUGGGCUUUUGAAACUGAGAACUUGUUGGUUCAAGUAAUAAAAAAACUUUUUAAAAAAAGCAUUGUGUUAACGGUCUCCAUGCAGACUGUUCACUCAGCUGCUGCCCUCCCCUCCGGUGUGCGUUUAAUACAAAUGCACCUCACAGAGUCACACCGAGUGUUUUAAUAUUUUAAUAAGUGACUUUGAUGUUCUUAUGUGAAGUUGUUCUGCACUGGAGAGUCUCACUGCUUUUAGCAACACUUUUCUAUUAAAAUAAAUGAUUUUCUAUUUAAACAGCUUGAUUUUUAUACUUUAUUCCAGUCGCAGUAUGAUUUGAGUCAAAAUGAGAAUCUACAUGCAAUGAAUACAUCAGGUCUGGUUUUGCUUCACCAUCGUCUGCACAGAUAGAAAAGUCACCUAUUAAUACCUUUAUUCAAACAUGAACCCUUUGGGAAUCAGUUUAGGUGAAAUAAACUGGGCUUUGAACACAAA